AUGGCGGAUUCAAGAGAUAGCAAGUCGUACAAAUAUCGCCAGGAAAUCAGUCAAAUGAUGUACGUCUCAGGCGAAACCGCAGAACCACCCGUCGAAACAACAAGUAUCAUCGAAGACAUUGUCCGCCAACAAGUCAUCGAACUCCUCCGAAACUGCACCGAACUCGCUUCGCGUCGCGGCUCAAAAUCCAUCAGCAUCAACGAUCUCAUCUUCCAAAUCCGCCAUGACCAAGCAAAAGUCUCUCGCCUGCGCACGUUCCUCUCGUGGAAAGAUGUGCGAAAGAACGUCAAGGACUCUGAUGACAAGGGCGCUGAUGCCGAUAUCGCUGCUGGUGAUGAUCCCGUCGCUGCCGGUGAUAACACAACGGAUGAAGCAGCCAAGAAGAACAAAAAGGCAAAGGUCGGUUUGCCCUGGGAGCCUUCGUCUUACUACAACGUCGAGGUGCCUGAGCGCGAGGAUGAAGAGGAUGAAGAGGAGGAGGAGAUGAACUACAUCACGCUGCAACGUCUGCGCAAAGCAGAUGAGCGCACCAAGGCCAUGACCAAGGAGGAGUACGUUACAUGGUCCGAAUACCGUCAAGCAUCCUUCACCUACCGCAAAGGCAAGCGAUUCCGCGAGUGGGCAGGCUUUGGCAUCGUGACAGACAGCAAACCCUCCGACGAUAUUGUUGAUAUCCUCGGCUUUCUCACCUUUGAAAUGGUCCAGACCCUCACCGAGAUGGCCCUCAAGGUCAAGGAGCAGGAAGAUCUAGUGCGCGCUCAGAAUGGAGGAGACAAUGUUGGAAAUGCAAAGAAGCGGAAGCACGAGGGUGCGCUCUUCGAUUUUCCCAGUGAGGGAAAGACGCCAAUCGAGCCUCGCCAUGUUCAAGAAGGGUCUCGACGAUUGCAGCAGAGGCCAAAGAAGUCGAGGGCCAUGCUCAACGGCACCAGAAUUUCACAACACACGCCACUCAACAUCUUCUAA